UCAAAUCAGUUAAUUUUUGAUACAACAACGAAAUGGACGAAAACAACAGCAUUAUUUACGGUCUUGAGAGUCAGGCUCGAAGUCUCACUCCUCAGUUGGCUGAACCUAAAGAAAUCCGGUUUUUCAUUGCAACGCAAACCUUAAAACCGAACAACCAGCUACAUCUUAUUGAACUAAAUGAAAGUUCGUCGUCGCUGAGCGCAAAGAUAUUUGCUCAUCCUUUGGGAGAAGUAUGGAAACUGAAUUCCAGUCCACAUGAUCCUCGAGUUAUAGUUUCGACAUACAGCUGUCAGAAGGGGUCUCAAGUUGUAAUGCAAUCUGCGCUACUUCGACUUCCCGAAUCUCUAGAAAAUACAGAAAACAAGGAAUACUUAUCGUUUGAAAGCACCGAUAUUUUGGACACUCAAGCUCAUGGAAAUGAAAUCAAAACAACCGAAUUCCAUCCAACCGAUUCUAAUAAACUAGCGACUGUAAUUGACGGGAAAAUUUUACUUCACGAACAAACUGAAGCGAAAGUUGUAGUUGUAUCAACGUUGACUGGCAAAAAUUCUCCAAAAUAUUCUACCGGAAAGUGGUCUCAGCAUCAUCAGGGAAACCAAUUUGUGUGUUUAUACGAUUGUGGUAUACGUAGCUACGAUAUCCGAGAUCCGAAUCAUUGUGCGUGGCAAAUUGAAGAUGGACAGUUUAUUCGUGAUUUAGAUUGUAACCCGAACAAGCAAUGUCUUUUGGUUACUGGAGGUGAUGAUGGAACAUUGAAAAUUUGGGAUACUCGAAAUAUAAAGGAACCCGUAUUCCUUAGAAGUGAUCAUUCACAUUGGAUUUGGAGUGUACGGUUCAACACAUUCCACGAUCAGCUCAUACUCUCCAGUAGCAGCGAUUGUAAAGUAUUAUUGACUUGUGCGUCAAGCGUUAGUUCAGAGGCAACUGAUGAAAAUGGAGAACAGAAAGAGAAGAUUCCGGAUGGCUUGCUGCAAACAUUUGACGGACAUGAAGACUCUGUUUACUGUUGUGAAUGGAGUAGUACCGAUCCUUGGAUUUUUGCUUCGUUAAGUUAUGAUGGUAGAGUGAUCGUGUCCAAGGUGCCCAAACAAUUCAAAUACAAAAUUCUACUUUAAUGCAUUUUAUUAGUUACGCUCGCAUUGGGACACGCGAGACAUGAUUUAAUUAUAAACAUUAAACAUAUUUAUUGUGUAAAA